UCAGGCAAGCCCCAGAGGGAUUCCCCGGCCCGAGCCGGAGGCCGGUGCUGCCCGGGUUCCCGUGCCCGCGCCGUGCCCUGAGUCCGAGUCCGGCCCGAGUCGCGGCGGCGCGGCAGCCCUCCAUCCGUUCAGUUCCACCACCUCACCUGGAUGUCCGCCCAACCCCGGCCCUGGAAGCUUGGGAAAGGGGCAGGGCCAAGGCGGAUUCCCUUCCCGACCCUCCUGCCAGGGACCUCAGGAGCCACCCGCGUCCCCACCUCGCUGUCUGCUGCCUUGUCUCGGCCUCCCCUGCUGGGGCAGCCGCCACCAUGUUCUCGUGUGUGAAGCCCUACGAGGACCAGCACUACUCUGCCCUGAAGCGGGCCUGUCUGCGCAGGAAGGUGCUCUUCGAGGACCCCAACUUCCCAGCCACCGAUGACUCGCUGUACUAUAAGGGCACCCCAGGCCCCACAGUCAGGUGGAAGCGGCCCAAGGACAUAUGUGAGGACCCCCGCCUCUUUGUGGACGGCAUCAGCUCCCAUGACCUGCACCAGGGCCAAGUGGGCAACUGCUGGUUUGUGGCGGCCUGCUCGUCGCUCGCCUCCCGGGAGUCACUGUGGCAGAAGGUCAUCCCAGACUGGAAGGAGCAGGAAUGGGAGCCCGAGAAACCCAGCGCCUAUGCGGGCAUCUUCCACUUCCACUUCUGGCGCUUUGGGGAGUGGGUGGAUGUGGUCAUUGAUGACCGGCUGCCCACAGUCAACAACCAGCUCAUCUACUGCCACUCCAGCUCCCGCAACGAGUUCUGGUGUGCCCUGGUGGAGAAGGCCUAUGCCAAGCUGGCGGGCUGUUACCAGGCCCUGGAUGGAGGCAACACGGCGGAUGCGUUGGUGGACUUCACAGGAGGCGUUUCCGAGCCCAUUGACCUGACUGAGGGCGGCUUCGCCAAUGAUGAGGCCAAGAGGAACCAGCUCUUUGAGCGUGUGUUGAAGGUGCACAGCCGGGGAGGCCUCAUCAGUGCCUCCAUCAAGGCAGUGACAGCAGCAGACAUGGAGGCCCGCCUGGCGUGUGGCCUGGUGAAGGGCCAUGCGUAUGCCAUCACUGACGUGCGCAAGGUGCGCCUGGGCCAUGGCCUGCUGGCCUUCUUCAAGUCGGAGAAGCUGGACAUGAUCCGCCUGCGUAACCCCUGGGGCGAGCGGGAAUGGAACGGGCCCUGGAGUGACACCUCGGAGGAGUGGCAGAAAGUGAGCAAGAGUGAGCGCGAAAAAAUGGGUGUGACUGUGCAGGAUGAUGGGGAGUUCUGGAUGACCUUCGAGGACGUGUGCCGGUACUUCACUGACAUCAUCAAGUGCCGCUUGAUCAAUACAUCUUACCUGAGCGUCCACAAGACGUGGGAGGAGGCCCGGCUGCGGGGCGCCUGGACGCGGCACGAGGACCCCCAGAAGAACCGCAGUGGCGGCUGCAUCAAUCACAAGGACACCUUCUUUCAAAACCCACAAUACAUCUUUGAUGUCAAGAAGCCGGAAGAUGAAGUGCUGAUCUGCAUCCAGCAGCGGCCGAAACAGUCUACCCGCCGGGAUGGCAAGGGUGAAAAUCUGGCCAUUGGCUUUGACAUCUACAAGAGUUGUGCGACCAUCGCCACCAUUUUCGAGCAUUUUCGUCACCCCGAAAAGACACCUCGCCCCCUUCAGCCGCCACCACUCGGGCCCGUCCGCCUGCCCCGCCUGCCCGUGUCGCCCAGCCCCGGGCCACGGGCAAGCACCCGUCUGCCCCUGUCUCUGCAGAUUUGCCUUCUCUGGGCACUGCAUGUGGAGGAGAACCGCCAAUACCGCAUGCACAGCCUGCAGCACAGGGCCGCCAGCUCCAUCUACAUCAACUCACGCAGCGUCUUCCUGCGGACGGACCAGCCCGAGGGCCGCUUUGUCAUCAUCCCCACCACCUUCGAGCCGGGCCACACUGGCGAGUUCCUGCUUCGGGUCUUCACGGAUGUGCCCUCCAAUUGCCAGGAGCUGCGCCUGGACGAGCCCCCCCGCUCCUGCUGGAGCUCCUUGUGCGGCUACCCCCAGCAGGUGACCCAGGUGCACGUCCUAGGGGCUGCUGGGCUCAAGGACUCCUCCACAGGGGCCAACUCUUAUGUGAUCAUUAAGUGUGAGGGGGACAAAGUCCGCUCGGCCGUGCAGAAAGGUACCUCGACGCCCGAGUACGACGUGAAAGGCAUCUUCUACCGCAAGAAGCCAGGCCAGCCCAUCACAGUCCAGAUCUGGAACCACCGAGUCCUGAAGGACGAAUUCCUGGGCCAGGUGCACCUGAAGGCUGACCCCGAUCACCUCCAGGCCCUGCACACUCUGCACCUCCGGGACCGCAACAGCCGGCAGCCUAGCGACCUGCCCGGCACUGUUGCUGUGCGCGUCUUCAGCAGCGUCUCCCUCGUGGCCGUCUGACACCUGCCCACCUGCCUGGCCUCCACAGUUUUACCGUCUGCAUGUCCCCAACCUGGCCAGGGACUAGCCUGGGAGCCAGGACGCUGGGGGCCUCUUCCCAGCUUUUCCACUGACUUGCGGGGUGACCUGGGGAGGCCUCUGCCCUUCUCAGGGCCUCAGUGUUCCCAGGCCCCCUGAAGCGUUCCCUUCUCAUGGAGGGGCCUUCCUCUGAGGUUGACAGUAGCUCUCCUUCCCCCAACUGUCACCACUGCGAAGGGACUCUAUCCGUCGAAAACGUUUCCCCAAGGCCCUGCUGUCUGCAGACGGAGUGCCAAGAUGCCACUUGUUUACACGCAAUCUGCCACGUCCCCAAACCCCACUCUUGCCCCUUAUGUCCUGGGCCCGCCCCUGUGAACCAGACCUUGCUUUCUCUGUCACCGACACCUGGUUUGCUAGCCACCUUGAAAGGACUCUCAGCUCUCGCUGGGUUCCUGCUUGGGCUGGAGUCAGGAAGAUGGGCAGGUGACAUUUGUUCAUUCUCUAAUCCUGUCCGCUUGCCCAUCCACUUAUUUAUUCAACAGAGAUUUGCCAAAUGAAUGAACGAUGCCCAUGAGGCCCCCGGUGGUGCCAGGCAUCUCCCUGCUGCUCUGGGAGACCCGGCGUCUGUCCUGGGCCUCACGCCUGCUCUCAGGUCCUCUCCAAGGCCAAAGCCCAGACGCCCAGGUGCCCAGAUUCCCAGAGGAGUUAUGGCCGCCAUCUCACCCCAGGCUCUGAUUUCAUUCCUAGCCUCGGUGAAGGCCCCUAGUGGGAUGGCGGCAGCGGUGGGGAGGAAGGGCAUCUUCCUGGCUCUACUGCCUUCAUGCCAGGAGGUGUGUGCCUGGUUUGGUGGGCCAGGAGGGUGUGGGGAGGCCUGGGGACCUGAAGGCCCCCUUCUGCUGCAAGACCUGGGCUUUUCCCGGGAGGAGGGACCCUCGGGCGGUGGUCUCAGGCCCACGGGGCUCAGGUCACUUGUCGGGCUUGGCAGGAGACAGGUAAAUCCAUCACCUGACCAGAGGCCCCUCUCCCAACAUUCCCCCCCCAGAAUGCAGCCAGAGAGGCUAUGGCCUUCCUCUUGCUGCCUGGACCAAAAUGUUCCUUUAGGCCUCAAUGUUUUAUAUUCUUGAUGUGUUACCAAUUUUAACCAGGGGCUUUUAAAGGAAAACUGAAAGCCUGAACCCCUUUUUUCAUCUUCCAACUCCAGUUCCUGUGGGCCUCUGAUUUGAUUUUGAUUCUGCGGGGGGAGGGAUGAGGAGAAGUCCUGCCUUCUCAGAGGAGGCCCACAGGGGGGUGAAGAAGAGGGUGUUUUCUACUUGGAUGUAUCGCUCCCUGGUCCCCCCGGGUUCUCGGUGAGUGUUGGCGCCACGACCUGCUUCGGUCCCUUCUGUGCCCUUCUCUGGCUCCAGACCAGGCGACGUAAAUGAAAAGCCCAGUGGGUUCAAGAACAGGAAUUCCUGUGGCCUUGCUGGGGAUUCCUUCUGGGCACCUGAACGUUUGGCUCCUGAGCUGGCUGUUCGGUGCUGUGUCCCGGCUGAAGAUGCUGGAUUCUCGAGCUCCUCUCCUCCAACCGGGCUGGCUCUGCUCAUGUGUCCUGGCGCCCAACGCGUAAGGGGCUAGCACCUGAAUAACGAGAACAAGGGGAUUCCUUCUCGAAAAGCUGGGACUUCCCCUCCAGAGCCUGGGCCUGGGCCUGGGCCAGGUCCACAUGAUCACAAGCAAGUCACUGAAACCUCCUGUGCCUCGAUUUCCCUUCUGCGAAGUUUGUCGGCACUCUUACUAACAAGUGCCGAAUAAGGGCAAAACCACACCCAUCAUGCAUCUCUGUAUGCGUGCACACUACAUACCUGCGUGUAAUCACCCCUCAGUGUCUUUUCCAAGUGAAGACUCCCGACUUAGGGUGGAGAGAUGAGGGCCAGGCAAGCCAGCUUGGGGCCUCUGGGGCCGACACCUGGGUCUUUGCUCAGCCACGCCCUCCUGGGCUAGGGGGCAAACCAGGACCAACCGGCAGACCGGUGUGGGCUUCAGUCGGGGGACGGGGCACUGCCUCCUCCCUCUAUCCACCCCAAAAAAACCAGGUUUGGCAGCCCUGCCCUUGCUUGCUGCCCCUGUGAGUGGGCCAGGCUGGCGUCUGGCUGUGCAAAGGUCCCUGGUCCCUGGGCAGGUGAGGAUGGAGUUCUCAGAGUCCCCACUUGCCGCUGGGCAGGGCUUCUGGUCAUACCGCCUGGAUGUGGGCUUCACUCCCCUCGGCCAACCGUGGGGUUAGAGAGGAGACCUGUUCUGUUCUCAGAAUAAACAUUACCACAAUCCCA